ACCGGCAGCGGUGAUGGGUAACGACCUGAACAGCGCCACCGAGCUGCCCUCGUUCAUCACGUCCGGCAGGAACUUCCGCAUCGUCACCAGCGACACCGUCGUCUUACCCUGCGAGGUGACCAACCCAGGAAAUUACGUGUUGGUAUGGAAACGUGGCAUCGCCGUGUUGACGGCGGGUGCAACCAAAGUGUCUCCGGACGAGCGAAUCCGCCUGGUGGACGGCUACAACCUGGAGAUACGCGACGUACAGACGCAGGACGCGGGGGACUACGUGUGCCAGAUCGGCACUCUCGAGCCUCGCGAAAUCACGCACACUGUCGAGAUACUUGUGCCACCCCGCAUCCACCAUGUUUCGUCUGGUGGUAACAUGGAGGUGAAGAAGGGCGCAUCCGUGACGCUGGAAUGCCGCGCGUCUGGGAACCCCGUGCCGACGAUAACCUGGACAAGAAAGAACAACCUGCUGCCUUCCGGCGACCAGUCGGUGGAGGGCAUCAGCAUCACCAUCGAGAAUACGAACCGCCACCACGCGGGCGUCUACCAGUGCACGGCCAGCAACGGCGUCGGCGAACCCGUCACCCAGGAGAUCGCUCUGCACGUCCUCUAUCCGCCUGAGAUCGAAGUGGAGCGCAGCUGGGUUCACUCCGGUGAGGGCUACGAGGCCCAGCUGGUCUGCAUCGUGCACGCAGAACCGCAGGCGGAUGUGCUGUGGUACCGCGACACACUCCGGCUAGAUACUACGGAGCGGCGCAUCAUGGAGGUCCGUGGCAGCCGGCAUACACUCAUCCUGCGCAAGGUGCAGGCCUCCGACUUCGGCAACUACAGCUGCGUCGCCGACAACGUGCUGGGCAAGACGCGCCAGUACCUCGAACUAUCAGGCAAGCCAAACCCGGUGACGUUCGUGAGCAAGCCGGUGAGUCGGUUUCGGGACCGCUACAACAUCUCGUGGGCAGUUAACAGCUACACUCCCAUCGAGGAGUACAAGCUGUCCUUCCGCAAGCUACCCAUCCCGGGCCCUCAGGGACAGCAGCUGCUGAUGCAGCAACAGCAGCACCAGCAACAACAGCACAACGGAAGGCGGCCGGCGAGGCGGGACAACGACACAUACUGGGUGGACGUCGUGUUGCCGACCAAGCCAAGCGAGCAGUUCCACCAGGAGAUGUGGUAUUUCAUCUCCAACCUGGAGGCAGGGGCGGAAUAUGAAGCGAAGGUCCGCGCGAAGAACCGAUUCGGAUGGAACCGCGAUUCCGAAAGCUUCAAGUUUACAACGAGAGGAAUCGAGAUGCCCUUGUAUGAGCCCUCACCCGAACCCGCAGUUUUCGCAGAACCUGAGGUCCGUGACAUGGGCAUCAUGGCUUACGGACCAGCGGCGGAAGCGGGCGACGUGGCCAUGUCGCCACUGAUCAUGGCGAUGUGCGUGGUCGCCAGCGCAGCACUCAGCUCCUAGAUGGAGUGCGCGCGACUGGGUGUUGCAGGUCAUCCCCGGUGACGAAGCUGGAGUCAUACCAGGACAACAAGACAUAUGAGCAAAGAGAAUUCAAACUCUUUCAGACCCAAAGACUGCUUUCUUUUGUAACGUAUCAGGAAGUCCUGUAUUACCGACAUGUAUGACGUGUAUUUAACCAUGGAAUAGCUCUAAGCGCUUUUCUGUAACGGUCCUCCCCAAGACAACAGAUUUUUUGUGUAUAAACUUGUACAAUGCACGUUAUUUUAUUGUAGCAUUGUUUACGGAAGGUAUCAUUUUUUUAGUUUAGAAAGAAAGACAAUCCGAGCACCUGUCUCAAGGCGAGGCACCACCCGUCUGCGGCUACUCCAAGAGGCCGACGGGAGCUGUGACGUCACACGGGAGAGGCGCGGGAAGCGGUGGUUCUCCCGCUGAAGUUGAUCGGAGCCUGUUUCGUGACGUAGCGUGAGGCUGACGCAGGAGUCAGUGUCGGCUUUGUGCACUUUACGGGAAGUGAGUUACCUGCCGCCUGGAUAAACUGACGGCGUGGCGUCUGUGAAAUGGCGCGAGAUCCAAAUCCAUGGGGCCAAAGUGAGUCGUUUUAAAAAGAAAAGGGGGAACUUUUGAGUAUCGUGUGGGAUUUGGAGAUAAUAAUAAUGCCUCCGUGGCGAGGACAUCAUUUUGUAAAUCCACUGAUGUUUCGCUACAAUUUCUGAUUUUCGUACAGUGUAUGUUAAUAGACGAUGCAGUAUCAGUAACAAGUUAUCUCAUAAUGAACAAAUAUAAUGUAUUCAAUCAAUGUGCUGUUCCCAAAAUAAAUUUAAAAAAUGCUUAGUGAUGUCGUAGCCUAACUUAUCGUUUUGAUUCCAGUUGGUGUAUCUACAAGAUGUAUUAUUUUGCAGUGUAUAAUUAUCAAAAUGGACGAAUGUAAAUCGCAAAGCUACUUCAUGAAUGUGUGACAUUUAAUAUACUCCAUCAAGAUUACAAAUAAAUCCAUCCGUAGGAUUAUCAGUAACGCGUUUGAACGAUAGUUCUAAAAUGUACUUUGCCCUUGCAAUGACUGUCGCUCAUUCGGUCAUCACUUUAAAAAAAACGAAUGUACUGCCAUUGUUCAAAAUUAACAUCAUGAAUAUGGCUCAAUAAUUUCAAUGACACACGUAGUUGAAGGAUGUAGAAACACUAUCACAUCAUGAUAAAGUAAAAUAACGGUUCUAGAAUGAAAGCUUUAGCCACUGUAUUUGUUGACGAUAGUCAAACUCUGUAAAUAAAUGGGCAAAAUACAUUUUAUAAUUAUUAAGCAAGUAAUUUGUUUAAAAGCUAUUGAUGUUACUUAGGAUAGUAAUUUGUCUAAUACAAUGUAUGUGACUGUCGCUAUAUAUCUAAAGACUUUUAUUUUUUUGAACAAAAAUAUAAGAAAUGUAUCUUUGUAAGUGAGCCAGAAGUUCAUUUGAACGAGAAAUAAGAAAACUGUCUAAAUAAUUUUCGAAUAUUCUAAUGUGAUAUAAGACGAAAACAGUUCCAACCAUGGAAUAUCAGUUUCUCACAAGCGUUCUUCUUUUUGGAAGAAAUGAAGGAAAGCUGCCACCCUCCCAGUCUUACUAAUUUGCCCAUACUCUUUUAUUAAAUAGUACUGAUGUCUGAAUGUUCGAUUCGUUUUUACCUUACAAACAAUAGAUUUCAUAAAAUUUCAAAGGGAAGAGACUCUGUCAGGUCUUGGACAUGUUUUUGUAAAAUGACUAGCAAGCAAUACAUCUUUGCCCAACACAGUGAAGUGUUCUUACUGUCUUAUUGCCAAGGACAAAUCUUGUGAAAAAGGAAUGAAGCAGUAAUAUCUUCUCUCACUUAUAGCACCCAUUUGUAAAGGUGCAGAUAAAUGUCGUGAUAUUAAUUGCAAUAUUUUCUUGUGUCAUUGUCAUGAUAAUUAUUGUUCAAAUGAAUGCUGUUGCAAACUCAUGUACUUCUUUUUUUAGCAGACCUAGGACACUUAAAAGGUGACAGGAUGACUGAAAUAAAACAUUGAGUACAAUGAGUUUGUAUUGCGUAAAUGAAGCCAUUAAUUCUCCUCUCCCACUGUUAUUUCGUUAUGAGUAAGUGUCUCGUCUGUUCAAUGGUAUCACAUGUGUGUGUUUUGAUACAAGGAAUUGCUGGUCAUUUCGAAAUUGGCAGAAGAAAAACAAGUACUUAGUCUCGAGUACGAAACGUGUUGCAUACUUCGCCUAUGAAGUUUGCAGUACAUGCUUGAAAGGUGCAUGUAUGUUGCAAUCACAUUAAUUUUAUUCUGAGCUGCACUUUGUUUUCUCUUUCCCUGGAGGUAAUUUCUUUUGAUGUGAUAAGAGUAUGAGAUUUCCAAGAAGUAGCAGCAAUAUAUAUAUUUUAAUAUUUCUUAAGGUCUGUAGAAUAUAAUAAUAAUAUGGAGGCUACAAAGAAAUCUGCAGAUGCCUGUGUUCACAAAACGUACCCUCUUCGCAUCCUACAGCUGACCAGCAAUUUCUUGCGCCCUGUGUUUUACUACCAAUGCUAAAACUUAGGACUGUAAGCAUCAGAUAAUUAUUUUGCUUAAAAAUGCAACUAUUUUUAUCACAUUACAUCUACACAACUUCAUAAACGCUAUAAUACUAUAAUAAUUGAGUGUGUACAUUUAUAAGUAUCGGAUAGUUAUUGUGUACAACUAGCAUGUAUAAUACCUAAUAUUUUGUUUGUUCUUUGUAUUUGACAACUAUGAAAUACAAACUACGUUGUGAAUAUUGUUGCAGGUGUUGAUAUAUAGCUUUCCACACCAUCUCAAGAUCAAUCUUCUAUUACAUAUGUUACAGUGUACAUUAUAAGAGCAAAUCUGCCUCUAUUUAAAAAUAAAAACGAAUGAACCUAUCAUUUUUACAACAUGUACUUUGCUGAUCUACAGCAAAACCAUUGUUUUUAUGUUGCAUGAAAUGUUAAUUACUUAGUUUUACCUUGAAUGUGUUUAAUAUUUCUGUAUCAUAAAGAGUACAUCAGUUCCCUGUUGAUGGAGAAACAGCCUCUCACUUUCACUAUUUGUGUAUAAAAACAAUCUGUGUACUGAAAGAAUAUUAUCACUGAAUUCCCAAUAACCCCAUCAUGUGUUAGAUAUCAAUUACAGGCAUACACAGCCGAAAACUUUCAGAUAGCAGUCGUUUGAUUCCUGGUUAUAAAAUAUAAAUCCAAGGUUGACGUUAUAUUAUGUGUGCUUCUUACAGUGUGAGCUCACCAAAUGUAAUUUGUAUACUAAAUGUGCAGCCAGUUUCAAACUUUUAAAUGGAAUUGAGACGUAAUGUGACCAUAAAUUGUUUAUAUUGUAU